CGAUUUGAGCAUAUUAACAUAGAUCUUAUUGGUCCGCUUCCACCAUCAAAUGGAUUUCGAUUUUGCCUUACAAUCGUUGAUCGCUAUAAUAGAUGGCCUGAGGCAAUUCCUAUCACAGAUAUUAACGCAAAAACUGUCGCACAAGCAUUAAUCAGUGCUUGGAUUUCACGUUUUGGAGUGCCUAUCCGUUUAACUACCGAUCAAGGAGGACAGUUCAAUUCAAAUCUUUUUAAUGAACUUUCACGGAUACUCGGAAUUGAUCACCUUCGGACUACCGCUUACCACCCUCAAUCUAAUGGCAUUAUUGAACGUUGGCAUAGAACUUUAAAAGCAUCGCUAAUGUGUUUUGAUACUCUUAAAUGGACUGAGCAUUUACCGAUUGUACCUUUGGGCUUAAGAUCAACAUUCAAGCAAGAUAUCGGAUCCAGUCCUUCGCAAAUGGUUUACGGCACUGUACUUAGACUACCCGGCGAGAUGUUUAUUGAUAGCCUUUUCAAGCCACAAGAUGAAUUCGUAAAGGAAUUUAUUGAACUGAUGAAAUCCGUCCGUCCUGCAGACACAGCUCAUCACUCAAUUAAAAAACCGUUCAUUAAUAGUAGAUUAAAUGAUGCGACGCAUGUUUUUAUUCGAGUGGACAAAGUACGUUAUUCAUUUACACCACCAUACGAUGGUCCAUUUGAGAUAAAGAAACGUUUUCCUAAAUUUUAUACAAUUUUGGUUGGAGAUCGGCCUGUGAAUAUAUCUGUUGACAG